UUUCCAAGCAAUCACAGGAUAUAAACUGCUGCCCAAAAGCAAGCCACGGAGAACUUCAGUAACCUCCAGGAAAACUCUGAGGUUAGGGAGACUAGCACAGCCAAAGAAGACAUGAGGAGUCUGCUGGCACUGCUGAUUGUGACUCUGGCCCUGGCAGCACUCUGUUGUUGCGAGAAAGAUCCCAAAGAGCCUUCAGGAUCUCUCAGCGCUGACAGCAUCAAGAUUAAAAAAGAAGUUGCCAAUGCCUUUGUGAAGAGGCAGAAGAGAUCCAGCCUCUAUGAAUGGUACUUCGAGUAUUAUAAAAAUCCAAUGGAGCAGAUGCAUGAGCGCUGUGAAAACUAUCCCCCCUGUGACUAUCUCUCAGACCAAAUAGGAUUUUCCUUGGCCUACAACCGUUUCUUUGGGAGAUACUAAGGAUUGGAAGGUCUCUUCAUUUGUUUGGCUUGGAACACUCUGAGCCCCACAAGAGAAAGAAGGUUGUGGGUGGAAGGAGGGAAGGGAAAUAUCUAAACUGGCAUCUACUUCCAUUGUCUCCUUAACCAGCUGGAAUGCCAGGCAGUAAUUAUCCUACUUGUUGAGCUUACAUUAGCUUUCUUCCUUUCAUCAAAAAAAGUCUCUCUUUAGGCAUCUCCUGUGGUAUUUUGAGCUUCACCAGAAGACUCUGUCUUACCUCCUUCCAUCUGAAUCCCCAGGACACAAUAGGUGAAAAAAACUGGUGAUUAGUCUCAAGAAAACUAUUGCAUGCCUUAGAAACAAAACUAGACCUCUUGUACUUUUCUGAAAAAUGCAGGGGGUUUAUAGAAGAAUGCCACAAUUAUGAUGUUGUUACACAAUGUGCGUAAAUGUGAUGGAUCUGAUCCUGGGAUGCUCACUGGGAGGAAGGAAGAACAGCUGCCUCCUGUUAGAAUUACUGGAAAGUUCAGUAUUUUCACAUAGUAUAAUCACACUAAGUAUGCGUCACAGUAGGAUCACUUUGUAAAGACAGAAGUGCGCAAAUACUAACGCAUAGACAGAAAUCAGGUUCUGGUACAUUCUUCUGGUUAUUCUGUCACAAAAUUUGCCCAUAUAGCAACAACAAAGAAAUCCCAAAAGGAGUGUUUAGGAGUGUUUCCUCCUUUUAGAUGAGCUCUUCCAUUUGUACACUGAAUUCGGUGACUGUCCGUAAAAAGCAACUUGGAAAUCUCUUGUUGUUUGUGGGUUUUUUUAACCAGUUUCUGGUGAAACUGAACGUACCCAAGCAGAACAAAAAAACAACCUGUUUGUCUCUAAUGCUAUAGCAUUUAUGCUUGAAACUAGAAGUGUCUAAGCAGCUAAAAAAAAGAAAAGGUUAUGAAAUAAACAAAAAGACAAUUGAUUCAAGAAUGGAUUGAAGUUGGUCAGCAUUUCAUUUAUUCGAGACAACUUGUAUCUAAAUAUAUAUAUAUAAUGUAUGCGUGUAUUUAUAUACAUAUUGUCUUCCCUCUGCACUACUUCAUUCUGUUCUCUGGUAUUAAUAUUAUACCUUAGCACUUUCUGCACAGUUUCCUUAAUAUGCUCUGUCAGCUUUCCUUCCCUGAGAGGUAGAUGGCAGAUCACACCUCCAAGGACGAGGACUGCUGAUCCUCAGGAGGCUGACAGAGAUCAAGUCUCUGGCUACAUGUAAGCUGGUGAAACCAUCCUCAGCUGCAGAUUGCAAUAAACGCUGCCUAUGUAAAGCA